GCACCAGUAAUUAUAAAAAUAGCGUUCCUUGUUCUGGAGUAUUGCUCAAACUAUAAGUCUGCUUUCUUUUCUCUUUCUUCCCUUGCAUACAUUUUUCAUUUGCAUGCAUUCAGAACUGGACCUCGAGCCAAGCAGCCUCGCACAGUCUCCCUCACCAACCCUCCCUCUUCUUCCUCACUCCCCCACCAUCCUCCCUCCCUCUCCUCCUCCACCCUCUCCCUCUCCUCCCUCCCCAACGUCACUCUGGAGACCGGGAUGAGUGUCUUUGUGACUGGAGCUGAUUUUGGGGUCGUGCGGUUCAUCGGAACCACCCAGUUUGCUAAGGGGGUGUGGCUUGGGAUUGAACUACGGAAACCUAAUGGAAAGAACGAUGGGUCGGUGAAGGGACAUCGCUACUUUCGCUGCAAGCCUUCUCACGGACUGUUUGUCAAACCAGAGAAAGCCACUCAUCGAGGAAUCAACUGCUCCAAGAUCCUCCCUAGCUCCUGCCUUGAGAACAACUCUUAACAUUGUGUUUAUGAUGUCAUCAUUAUGUAAUGUAUGUUGUCAACUAUCGUCCAACGAAUAUAGUGCAGGUGUAUUAUGUGGUGCAUGGUGGCCCACUUGGUACAUGUUACCCUGGCAACGAUGCAUUAUGA